GCGCCGGCCGCCACGCGCGACGAACGCGGGUCUCCACCAGCGAGCAGCAGCUGCCGCCGAGGGCGCACGCAGCGCAGCUGCCGGCGGUGCGCCCACCAGCGCCAUGGCGCGCGAACAGCUGUACAAGGUGACGGUGAUGCCGACCGACCCCGCCGAUGGCUCGGCGGCGGCCUUGACAGCGACAGCAACAGCGACGCCGACAUCGACGGGCUGCAAGGUGCCGUUGCGCAGCUCCACCGUCAGCGUCGUCACCAAGCCGGACCGGCCGCAGCACUUAUCGCAGGUGCUGGCGGCGCUGGCGGUGUCGCUGGGGCCGUUCGCGGCGGGCCUGGGCAAGGGCUACAGCUCUCCGGCGAUCGCGUCGCUGGAGCAGCAGGGCGCGCUGUUCCCCGUGUCGGCGCAGCAGACGUCGUGGGUGGCGUCGCUGUCGCUGCUGGGCGCGCUGUGCGGCGGCCUGCUCGGCGGGCUCGCGAUGCGCUUCGGCCGGCGCCGCCUCCUCCUCGCCACGGCGCUGCCGCUCUCCGCCUGCUGGGUCGCCACCGUCUUUGCCACUUCCGUCGAGAUGAUGUUUGCCACCGCCUUCUUCGGCGGCUUCUGCUACGCCAUCGUGCUCGUCGUCACCCAGGUGUACAUCAGCGAGAUCUCGGUGCCGGACAUCCGCGGGUGCCUGAGCGCGCUGCAGAAGACGGUGGGCCACGCGGGCACGCUGACGAGCUUCGCGGUGGGCGCGUACCUGGACUGGCGGCAGCUGGCGGCCGUGGUGGCGGCGGCGCCGCUGCUGCUGUUCGCGGCGGCGCUCUGCGUGCCCGAGACGCCCAGCUUCCUGGUGGUGGCGGGCCGCGACGCCGAGGCGCUGGCGGCGCUGCGCUGGCUGCGCGGCCCGGGCGCCGACGUGCGCCGCGAGCUCGCCACGCUGCGCGGCAACGUGCUGGCGCGCCGCGGAGACCCGGCCGACGCCGGCCGCGCCGGAGGCCGCCUCGGCGCGCUCAAGCGCUGCCCGCCGCCGCCGGGGCUGCUGCGCCCCACGCUCACCACGUGCGGCCUCAUGCUCUUCCAGAGGUUCUCGGGCGCGCACGCGUUCAGCUUCUACGCGGUGCCGAUCCUGCGGCAGACGCUGGGCGGCAUGGACCCGCACGGGGGCGCGGUGGCCGUGGCGCUGGUGCAGCUGCUGGCGUCGCUGCUCAGCGGCCUGCUCAUCGACACGGCGGGCCGCCUGCCGCUGCUGCUCGCCUCCUCCACGCUCAUGUCUAUGGCGCUCGCCGGCUUCGGCUCCUUCGCCUACUACGAGGACCUCCACCCACAGGCGGCUCCGCAUCUCGACUGGAUUCCGCUGUUGUGUGUGCUGGUGUUCACGGUGGCUUUCUCGCUGGGCAUCAGUCCUAUUUCGUGGCUGCUGAUCGGUGAGCUCUUCCCACUAGAACACCGAGAGUUGGGCUCAGCCAUCGCCACAGCCUUCAGUUACGUGUGCGCCUUUGUUGGCGUGAAGACAUUUGUCGAUUUUCAGCAGGCUCUGGGACUUCACGGCGCCUUUUGGCUGUAUGCGGCCGUCUCGCUGGCAGGCCUCUGCUUCGUUGUCUGCUGUGUCCCAGAGACUAAGGGCCGUGACCUCGACGAGAUGCACCCCAAGGGCGCCAGUGCGUAGCGACAUGCCGACGUCACCGAAUUCCCCCCUUCGACCCCCUCGUUCGGCGCCGAACGACACAACACGGCCCGUCUUAUCAGCAGUAUCUGCCGGAGAUCGAAAAACGCCGCCCCCUUUGCGAGAAAUAUACGAGAUCUGGUCCAGCUUUUCUACUGUGUUCAUUAUUUUACAAUGAAGUGCGUACAACGACUGGGGAGAUGUUUACAAUAGCUACCUUCUUUAGAACUUUUUGCAUUAAACCUCAGGUAUUAUUCGUCAUCAGUUCUCCUUCCCUCAUUGAUACAUGACUUGCGUAAUUCAGAAUUGCUCGAGUUUCACGCUUUAUUUCAGAUCUACAGCCACUGAACAGCCAGUUAGCUAGCAAACUGGUGACUGAGAGAUCAGUCAUAGACUGUACAAUGUUUAUUCCAGUUUCUUUUAAAAUGGGAUACUGCUACAAAACUGCAGUUCCACUGUAAAUAAAUGCCGUACUUGUGAAGAUGGUUGCUGACUGUUAGCCAUCACCUGAACUGGUUUAAAUGAGUGUACAUCAAAAUUCAGCAGCUUGCUUAAGGUCUGGGGGUAUACAAAUUUGACAUCUUUCAUGUUUAAAGCGAUGUUACAGAGUAUGAAGCACAUAACUGGUGUAUUAACAACAUACAGCAGUUAAGUUUCUAUAAAUCCUGGGUGCUACUUAAAUUAUGUCCAAGUGCAACAGAAGCAACUCAUCCGAUUUCUGUGUUUCUUAGUCACACACUCUGAAGUACGUGCUGGAGUUCAGUACAUUCAACCACAGUAGCAGAUUGUAAGUAAAUAUUUCCAAGAGAAUUCUACCUUCAUAUCUCCUCUUUCUCUACCAGUUUCAUUUAACUGUUGUCACAAUCUCUUUUAUUCCACCAGUAAGUAGAUUCAACUCCAAUUGUUGCAGUGCAUUACCAGUUUCUGAAUCAACAAUGUUGCCUGUCAUAUUAUAAAACCAGCCAUCAAAAAAAGUGGACAAAAUUCAUUUUGUUCAAUAUGUCAUGACUUGGUAUUAGAAUCGAACAUCAACUACUGUACAAAACCGUAUUAAUUGGAUUUUGCUCAAGUAAUAUCUGUAUGACUGUGUGCCUCCACCUUGGUUCAUUUGCACUAGAGAAUGCACAUCAAAACUUUUUGGUUCCACUAUUCACAAUGUCAUUCAUAGGUCGAGCUUAUCUGAAUUACAGUAUUAAAUGUAAUUGCCUGUUGGCGAAACCAUAACGCCACUGACAAUCGAAGACAGCAGGGAUCACAAAUAAGACAUUUGGGAGAAGCAACUUGAAGUCUCACACUUUGCUUAACAAUCAUUACUUUGAAUGAUGUGAGUGCAUUCAAUAUUUUUCAAUAGCUGGUGUUUCACUAAAAGGGAAAUAGAUUCUGUGCAUUGUUUGUUCUACAAAAAAGAGAUAGCUGUAGUAGACUGUUAUGAAUGGCACUCAUUACUGUGACAUCAAACAUAUUAUGGUGCCUUUAAUACAAUUCUGAGGACAUUACUGUAAGGAUCAGUUGCGACUCUUAAUUCAGUCCUCUUCACAAACUUGAUCUACUACAUUGAGUGAAGUAAUGACAGGAAAUUUAAUGGAGCAAACCCAUUUUUAAACUUACAAAUCUCAGAAUUUCGACAACAGGAUUUUGCUUAAUAUCUUCCAACUUUUUUAUGAUUAAUUUUUGAAUGAUAAAAAAUAGAGGUUCCUAACGUUUGAUACAGAGAAUAUUUAGCUGCAUGCAAAGACAGUUUUGAAGUAAAUGAAUUUUAAAAAGAUGAAUUUUAGAGGGAUGAUGUCAGAUGGUACUAGAUAUCAUUCUUUCAGCAUUUGAUUUACAACCAAUAGUUGAUAGAAAACUAUUAUUGAGAAAGGACACUGAAUAUAUACACAUGACAAUAACACUUUGCAACUCAAGACAAUACAUACUGGAAAAUACUUUAUGACAAUAGCACACAACAGACAAAAUGUGAUGGAGGAAAAGCAUCAUUUAACUUUUUCCCAAAUGUAAUAUGAGAUAAGUUCCAAAAUUUUGUAUCAUAUCACAUAUUUUGCACAAAAGAUUAACCAGAAAUUUUGACGGUAUGAAAGUAUAAAGACCAUUUUAAUAAUUUUAACUAAAGCAUUCAUAACAUGUCAUGAUUCCUGGCAGUAGGCUUCCUGUAAUUGCAGAAUGUGUAAGUGCAUGUUAAUGUCAAUUAGAAAUGACAAUACCAAGCUAUGUAAAGCAGUGCUAAUGACAAUAAUGACAUAAUCUUAUUUGUUGUCCCUUCAUUAUACUGAGACUAGAACAAUAAAACUGGUCAUCAUCGAACCACAUUUUGAUAGGCACUGCAUUUUACACAAAGCAUCUCUCAAGAGAGCUGGUUCAGUUCUCAUAGUAUGUAUUAACAGUAUUAGAUUUGCCAUACUCGUUUUAAGUUAUUUUAAUGGUGGUUAAUGUAUGAUUACCUAAAUAUAUUGGAAUGCAAAGAGAUAUGUAGGCCAUGCAGAAAUAACAGGUCACUUAUUAAAGCAUGUAGCAUUAAAGGGCCUUAGUGCAUCACAUUAUCAUUUAGCAAGUAUUUUUCAUUUAUAUACAGUUCACAGAUUCCAAAAUUCUAGUGACAUUUGCUCAAGAACUUAAAAUUAAAACAUAAAUCUUCUUCUCAUCUUGUGACAAAAAUAAAAGAGUGCAAAGCAUUCAUUUCAUUAACAUAAACAAAACAUAUCAGAUUCUAGCACACUAAUUUCUUGCUCGUUUUAAAGCUUUUCUUGACAAUACUGCCUACUUUCCAACAUUUCUAAAAUUAGCAGUUUAUUGUAACCAACUAAUGAAGAAAAUCGUUCUUCCAACAGAAAUUUAUAUUGGCAAAUGACUGCAAUUUUUCUAUGACAAUAACAAAGUAUCUAUAUAGCUUUUAGACACAGACAAUAGAAAAAUAGUUUUCUAGACUCUACAAAGUAAGAAUGGGGAAUACUGAAGUGAAAAUUUAUAUGAAGUAUGAAUGAUUGGUUUAUGCUAGUGGGUACAUCAAUAAAAUGCUUGAAAAUUCUUUUACAAAGGUAUUUCUACAUUCCUAACAAAAAUCUUCACAUUUUAAACCAGCCUUAGUCUUUCAUAAGUACCAGUUUCACAGACCAAUGUUUCAGGAAUGUUGCUGUAUAACACUACUUCAGCGCGGUUUCAUUUUAUAACAAUCAGUCAGAUUAAAGGAAAAUGUAAUAUACUGAUGACAAUCUCAAGUGGCCUCAAAGAAAGUUCACACCCCAUUAAUGGUGCAAAGGGUUUAUCUUAUCAUUGAAGCAACUCAAAACAUCUGCUGAGAUAAUCAGAUAUCAUCAACAUAUACUUUGUGUUGUGAGCUUAUUACAAAAUUUGAGCCACUACUUUGUUCAAGGAAUACAACAUCACUUCUUGGACAUGUUUACUCAAUGAAUCUAAAAAAAGCUGUUCGCGAUCGUCAUUAACAAUAAGCAAGAAGAAAUAAGUUUUUAGUUGCAAAAACAAAAAUACUGCUAUAUUUCUCAAUGAAUACACCAACUAGAUCAAUAAAACAUACUAUAUCUUUAAGUAAAAUUUUAAUGCACAAGAAAGAUUUGUACAAUGACACUACACUACAAGUUAGAAAUGUCCUGCUGAAGUAACAAGGGUGCAUAAGUGAUGUGCAAUAUCAUAUCCAUAAUAUUUAAUUGUUAUUUGUGUACAAGUUUUAUUCUUUGAGUAAACAAUGUCCUGUUAUAAAAAAAAUGGUAACUGCAUCUAAAACUUGGGCCCUAAAGAAUGUUUUACGCUGUGCUAGUGAUUCGGCUGAGAAGCGAUUCUUACACUGUAAUAAAUUUCUAAUGAAUGGAUUAAGACAAUAACAAAAUCUAUGUUGUAGAAUCAUUAGCAUCAGCAUUGUCAAUAUAAGUAACCUGUCAAAUGUAAAUAACAUACUUUGGUUAUAGCAUAUCUAUUUUCUCUGUAUUCAGUAACUGAAAUUUGUAAAAUCCUUGCUAAUGAUGCAAUAUUUUAUAUAGUGUAUUUGUGGCUUCAUUUAAUUUUUAUAUGGACAUAUAUUACUGUAGGCAUUAUUGUAUAUUUGUACUGCCUAUGUGCAUUUCUGUUAAAAUUAAAGACUAGUAUGAAAA